AUGUCUUUGCUCGGCUAUAUCUUGUGCCCGGCCCCCCGUGUGUGGCUGCGUGAGUGGAGGACUAGCCCAUCUCUUUUGCUCUACCUUGGAUCCACAUCAAUCGUGGACAUGGUUCCAGCGAGACGGGACGGUCCAACCCUUCGUCCCAACAUGGUAGGUCACAUCGGCAUGAGCAUCCAGCUCCUUGAGACACUGCAGGUACUCGUAGUCGAUCAGGAACUGCAAGAUGAAGCUCGUUCACGUUGA